AAAAGAAUGACAAGAUUCCCACCAUCUACAGUGCCCAGAGCCACAGGUAUUACUCAUCAGAUUCCGAAACAAUGGCUUGACAAACUUGACCCGGAGUGGGUUGAGAUGUGGAAUGCUCACGGUGGGCGUCAUCGUCAAGCUGAGGAAGUUGGUAUCGAGGAAGUUCGCAUAGAUCCAGCAGCGUACAGCUUCACAUACCCCACAUGGACAGGCGAGUGCAAAUUCUCUUUUGCAGCAGACCUUGCAGCAGGACCCAAAGUCCAUCAGGAGAAUGAGUUUGACAUACCGGUGACCAAACCUGAUGGCCAGAUCAAGAUCCGACUGUACACUCCAGAAGGCACUGGACCUUUCCCUGUACAUCUAAACUAUCAUGGAGGAGGAUGGAUCCUUGGUGACCUGCACAGCGAGGCUGCCUGGUGCCGCAGCGUGUGUAACAAGGUCGGUAUAGUGGUUGUAGACGUUGAUUAUCGGUUGGCACCCGAGUUCGUAUUUCCAGCGGCGAUCUACGAUUCUUGGGACGCUAUGCGAUGGGUCCUCACUCAUGGAGAGGAGCUGAAUGUCGAUACGAAUCGCAUAUCCAUCGGCGGUCUUUCAGCAGGAGGCCACAUGUCUGCCGUUCUUUCUCACAUGGCGCGCGAUGCCGGGCUCGAAUUGAAGCUGGCGUUGAUGAUAGUCCCAUCGACUGAUUUCAGAUGGUUGAUAGCAGCCGAACCCGUUCGUUCGGACGUGGCCAAAAGGUAUCCGAGUACAGCGCUAUACAAAGACGCGCCAUGGGGAGGUCUAAAAAGAGAACAAUGGUUUUUGGACUAUUGGAUCCCGAAAGCGAUCAGAGAUAACGCAUGUGUGGACUGGAUGGCCUCACCCAUGUUAGCGGAGGAUUUCGAAAACCUCCCACCUACACAUAUAAUCACAGCCGAGUUUGAUAUCUGUCGAGAUGAGGCGCAUCGGUAUGCAGAGCUGUUGACUCAGAGCGGCAACAAGGUGACGCAAAAGUGUUACACAGGCAUGCCUCAUGCUUUCGGCCACUAUACAGAUCCGCAGAAGGGACUGACAGUGUCGCAUGUGUCGCCAGACGAGGUCAUCGAUUUGUCAUUAGGACCAGCCGCGCCGAACAUGACCAGCAGACAAACUGAUACAUCCAGCCUCAACAACGCACAGUUCGAGACACAAGAACCGGAGUUGCUGGUCCAUGAUUUUGAGCUCAACGAUAUCCAGAAUCUGAACGGGCUGGCUCCUGGAGCUCUCUUGCCUGGUGAACUGAACGAUGCUCAAGGUGACUUUUGGCUGGAUCAAGCUAUGAUGGAUAUCGACAUGCAGGCUUACAAUUACAUCAAUACUUCUCCGGACGCGGCGGUCCUGCCUCAAGGCGCGCUUCAAUCGCCUAUUGCCACGCAACAGGAGAUGUUCAGGAUAGUAUGCGGCCUCACGGGAGAUAUGGACCCUUAUGUUAUGCAGCGAUACAAUUUCGGUCCCGACAACAACUUUGUCUUCAAGAGACUUACUGUACAGUCAAUGUCGCAGGGUAUUCAUCCAGUGCAACUGCUUGCAUACAACCAGUCUGAAGAGUCAGCCAAGUCAGACGAUGAGACCACUCGCGAGCUGUUAGAAGGGCUUGUAAGCCCAGAUGUGGGCACAAGGCUCAUCCCCCUAUACUACAAAUAUGUGUACCCUCUGGUUCCUGUAAUUCCGGUCACAGAUACCCCAGAACCAAAGCAAUCAGACGCAUUUCUUCUGGCUGCUAUCUAUCUGACCACACUCCGCUUUGCGGAUUUCGACGACUAUCUUUCUGUCCAGAUAGCGUAUGAUCUGCCAGAUGCAGAAAGGUUGUGGCAUCUUGCUUUGACCACAAUACAACAGAGAUUACAUAGACCAGAUUUCGCCAUGCUACAAACAGUGAUAUUGCUUCUUGUCGCACCGUCGCCAAAACCUCUGAUGCCGGACUAUUCCACGAAAUGGUCACUUGGUGGUACUAUGGUCACUGUUGCUCAGACAUUGGGAUUACAAUUUGAUCCAAGCCUCUGGCCGAUCUCAACGGCUGAGAUAGAUCUUCGAAAGCGUUUGUCUUGGACUGUCGAAAUGAUUGAUGUCUGGCAUUCCGCAGCGCUGGGUCGAACUUGCUUGAUUCGGGAAGAUGACUGGUUGUGUCCUGGACCAACAGUCACUGAUUUUUUGGAAUCUGAAAGCCAGACCACGAUGCCAAAGCAUGUGAUGCACAUGUAUAAGCUUACUAUGAUUAUGCGCCAAGUGCUGACUACGCUCUAUUCUCUGAGGGCAGUGCAAGAUCUAGCAACAGACUACGACGCCACGUUACGCAAGGUACAGGUGUUGAUGGAAGAGCUGAACCAAUGGUCAAGUCUAGCGCUUGAAAUUGAAGCUGAAGCAAGAUCGCAAGACAUCAACCUCUCGGGCCCUUUGAUGCUUGGGGGUCACUACGUCAAAGUGCUCCUGUUUCGCGCCAUACUGAGACCAUUCCAAACUGUAUCCAGAGUGAGUUCAAUGGCCGCGCGCGAAGCUGAAGCGUAUCGGCUCUCCAGGGCUGGGGCGAAAGCAUGCGUCACGAGCUUUGUGGCGUUUACAACUGACCUGAAAAGUGGAUGGGUUCACGGAUUCUGGCCAUUCUGGUGCACAUUAGCUUGGUCAACUCUUUGCAAUCUUGCACUUUUGCUCUAUGUCACUGCAAACAGUGCCGAGGAGGCCCAAGAAUGCCAGCUACUUCUUGAUCGUGCUCGAAAAGCCGUCCGACUGCAGUCUAAAUCGCUUGACGUCCUGCGCUUCUCGCUUCUUCGAAUUGACAGUAUAUUCUGGAAGGGGCUUGACAACGUUUUGACUACAAGAUUGCAACAGUCACGGCAGAUUUGA